CUUGCCGCUUCAGCCAAUCCUAGUGACCUGUCAGACUCAUGAGCGGACCUCGUAACGAAAAGGUAUAAAGUCCUCUUGAUGAUUUCAAUGUAAUGCAUCGACAAAGUACCAGUCGCAUCUCUUAACUCAAACAUCAUGAUCAUGAAGCUUUCUCUUGUCUUCACCACGCUUGCAUCCAUCGCGGUUCUUGUUACAGCGUACCCCACGCAAGGAAUCGCAAAACGUUCCAACGUCGAGAAGCGCGACACGGAGGGACUUGGUGUCUUUGACGAAGACUAUGAAUUCGUAAACUACAAGCGCAAGCGCGACUCGGCGGAACUUGGCGUCCACGACGAAAUCUAUGAGUUCGUAAACUACAAGCGCGCCUCGGAGGAAAUUGGCGUCUUUGACGAAGACUAUCAGUUCAUAGACUACAAGAAGAGGGAAGAAGAGAAGCGCGCCUCGGAGGAAAUUGGCGUCUUUGACGAAGACUAUCAGUUCAUAGACUACAAGAAGAGGGAAGAAGGGAAGCGCACCUCGGAGGAAAUUGGCGUCUUUGAUGAAGACUAUUUCUUCGAUGAGUACAAGCGCUCCUCGGCGGAAAUUGACGUCUUUGACAAGGAAUAUAUCUUCGAGGAGUACAAGAAGAGAGAUGAGGGGAAGCGCGCCACGGAGGGACUUGACGUCUUUGACGAAGACUAUGAGUUCAUAGAGUACUGAACCUGACGCCAGGCUCUACACAGGUCUGGCAUCGCCGCAGCCUCACCAACAAGUUACCCCCUGUAUAUCUACAUAU